AUGUCCAGUCUCCGCGAGCUCGCUAACAAGCUCUGCAAAAAUGUUGAGCUUUAUGAAGAAGCGCUCGACAAGGCAGGAUCCCAGCCAGAUGAUGCCAAAUUAAGUCUCCUUAGCUUCACAGAGCUCGCAGUCAGAGACGAGAUCAUCAUUACGGCUGAGAAGCUCCUCCAACAAGCUCGGGGCCCUGCACCGGCAUUGAUUAGUUUGUUGGAAUCGGCUGUCGACGUCGGCACAAUUCAGACUUUGAUCCGGCUCGAAGUUCCAGAUCAUGUCCCAUCAACCGGAUCCGUCACAUACGACAUGCUCGUAAAGAAACUGAAAACGCCAGUAGAGCCAAACUUGCUCCAGCGCCUGAUUCGCUUCGCCCGAUUGGAUGGCUUCCUCGAUGAAGAUGAAACUGGUGCCGUGAAACAUACUCCCAUGUCUGCCACGUUUGUGCGUGACCAGGACAGUGCAGGUCUGGCUAAAUUUAUGGCGGACUUUGGCAUUCGACCCUGCUCGUUCAUAUACGAGUCCAUAAAUCUGGACCCGAACGGGGAAACUCCGCGCCAGGGGCCAUUGGCCCUGAUGGCUAGGGAACCGGGGGCUUGCGAGGGCCCGACCUUCUUUGAGGUCUUGGAGAAGGAUCAGAUUAACCGGAAACGAUGGCACGACGGGAUGGCUGUCCAUAAUGACUCCAUGGUACGCCAUGUUGCUCAUGCCUACGACUGGAACACCGUGAAAUCGUUGGUAGAUAUCGGUGGAUCGGAAGGUCACGUUGCGACUGUUAUUGCGAAAGCUUUUAGUCACAUCCAUAUCACCGUGCAAGACCGACCGGAAAUAAUCCACCGGGCUCGCCAACGAGUAGACCAGAACCCACAAGUCGCCUUCGAAGAGCACGACUUUUUCACCCCCCAACCACGCAUCGCGGAUGGUUACUUCCUUCGACUCAUUCUCCACGACUGGAACGAUGCGGACUGUACUCGCAUCAUCCGCCAGAUCUCUUCGGCUAUACGGCCUCGGGCCCGGCUGCUCAUUAUGGACGCCGUCCUGCCAGAGCCGGGCGAAGGCUCUCUGCAGAGUGAGAGGCAGUUACGCCGGAGUGAUAUAGGAAUGUAUACGCUGUUCUCCGCCAAAGAGAGAAGCCUGGCCCAGAUACGCCGCCUGGUUGAAGAUUGUGAUGGUCGGCUACGGUUUGAGAAAGUGUAUACCCCGCCUGGUAGUCAUGUCAGUAUGAUGAGUUGGAUCUGCGAGUAA